AUGGAAGAACAUCUGAGUUAUAACAGCUCCAAUCCAUUAGGGUUUUGCCUCCUCCCAUCUGAGCUCAUACAAAGCAUCCUCCUGAACUUAGCUUUGCCAGAGAUCGUCGGUCUGAAGCUGGUGAACAAGACCCUCGCCACCGUAAUCUCUGACCAGACUUUCGUCCGCGAAUGCAAUACGAGAUCGAGCUCGGCUGCAUGGCUCUUCGUCUUCAAGAAGAGGUGGUCCAAGGAUGCGAUGCUCAUGGGCUUCACGGACCGGUCGGCGUCGAACCGCUGGUUCAAGAUUUCGAUCGCCAAGAUCUUGGAGCCCGUGGUUCCGCCGGGUGAGGUCUUUUAUUUCUUGACGGCUUCCGGGAACAUUUUCUUGUUUGCCUGCAAUAGAGACAAGGAAGUGAUGGCGGUCGAUUUGAUGGCCAAGACGGUCAAGAAAGUCCCGCCAAGCCCGUUGGGUCCACGGGGCACUUCUUCCUGGAGGAGGUCCGGGAUGAAGCUGGUUCCAGGCGGGCCUCCCGGGUCGGGUCGCUUCCGCUUCCUGUUCGCAGAGCUGGUGGAGGAUCGGCCUACCCUGUUUGUGUACGACUCGGAGACUGACGAUUGGAAGAGGAUGGAAGCGGAAGAGACCGAGGGCCGGUCGCGAAGUCGCGGUGAAGGACUCGACGGACGCAUCUUUCUUCAUCUGGUCAAUGGACCCGGGUCGAACGUGAUCAUAUCAUGUGGAUCCGAAAGCCUAAGCCCUUUAGUUCUGCGGCCAGGAUUCAGCGGAGGAGGCAAUCAAGGGCGGGAGCCGAACGGUAUACUUGGUUGGGAUUACUCGGCCAAUCUCAUACAUGUGUACGGCGAUGGCCACAUGAUGAUAGUGAAAUCGAGUGAUGGCGACGACGCACGUAAAAGGACGAGAUUUUUGGAGAGAAUUGAGAUAUGGGGCUCCAGCGAAGAUGGUAGAAACUGGGAAUUUGUAUCGGAAAUCCCAAGAAAUUUGGUCGGACAAAUUGAGAAGCCCUACGGGGUUUUGAUGGGCUGUUUGGAAGAAAGAGGAGGGAUCAUUAGGGCAUGCUUGGUGAGUAAUUGUGAAGGUGCGUGGGACAUGAUAUGGCUAUCUUAUGACACUGCAAGGGGUCACUGGGCUUAUGUCCCAAUUCCUGAUUCCAAAAUGACGGGCUCGAACUUGGCAGGAAUUUCCUUUUCAACGGGCCUAAAUCUAUAA